AACUAUUUUUACAACGGCCACAUUUCCAACGGCUACUUGUCCAACGGCUAUAUUUCUCUGCUCUAUAUAUGCAUGCUCGAACCGUCUGGUUUCUACACCAAUCCAUUGGCCUUCUUGUUUCACCUCUUCCAGAAAUGAGUCGUUUCUCUCGCUUAGCUUCGUCGUCGUCGUCCUCGUCGGACGAUGACAAAGAUGAAGAAUUGUUCAUCGCAUUGCAGCAAGCACACAGUCAAUAUCAAGCUAUGCAAGUUCCUCGAUGGGGCGGGUCUGUACCAGGGCGUCAGUAUGUUCAUCGCGAUAGAGAAGCCGGGCAUUGGAGGCUGUACAACGACUACUUUUCAGAUGCUCCGACCUACGGGGCAAAUUUCUUUCGCCGCAGGUUUAGAAUGAACCGUGAUCUGUUUCUUCGCAUAGCACAAGCCAUAGAGCAACAUGAUAAUUACUUUAUGCAAAAAAGAGAUAGAAAUGGACGUCUUGAGUUAUCAUGUUUGCAGAAGGUUACCGCAGCAUUCCAGAUGAUAGCUUAUGGAGUAGCAGCUGAUUUUAUGGAUCAAUAUGUCCGUUCUGCUGAAAGCACGAACAUAGAAAGUCUUAGAAGGUUUGCCAAAGCGGUUGUCGAAGUUUAUGGAUAUGAGUAUUUGAGAUCCCCAAAUGAGGAAGACACAUCUAGAUUACUUGCGAUUGGAGAGAGUAGAGGUUUCCCUGGAAUGCUUGGGAGCAUAGAUUGGUCUCACAAUGAUAUCAAUGUUCUUCACCGUUCUCAUCUUUUUGCAAAGCUAGUCGAAGGGGAAGCUCCACAAGUUAAUUACACUGUCAAUGGUCAUAAUUAUACAAUGAGGUAUUACCUUGCAGAUGGCAUCUAUCCUCAAUGGGCGACAUUUGUGAAGACCAUACCACAGCCACUGGGAAAUAAGAGAAAAUAUUUUGCCAAGGCACAGGAGGCAGUUCGGAAGGAUGUUGAAAGAGCAUUUGGAGUUCUACAAUCUCGUUUCGCCAUUGUUCGUGGACCAGCCCGAUUCUGGGAUAAAGAUACCCUAAGACAAAUUAUGAUAGCUUGUGUCAUCAUGCAUAAUAUGAUUGUUGAAGAUGAGAGGGAUGAAGAUGAACAGAUGCAGUACGAGUAUGUUGGCCAACUUGUGAGACCUACACCGCGUGAAGUUCGUAAUCGUACUCCGGAGCUACAUGAUUUCCUUCAAGCUCAUAAUAACAUCAGGAAUAGGGAAACUCACUCUCAACUUCAAGAAGAUCUAGUUGAGCACCUCUAG